UACUACGGUUGGUCUCCCGCGGGAGCCGAGGGGUCAGUCUGUACUUUUAUCCGCACUACGGUCCCUCUGAGGCUGAGGAGGCGCUUCCCUUCUCCCGGGCUCUCCCUCUGCGGUACUGGAUGCUCCUUGCCCUGAGGGAUGGAAGCUUCCUGGCGCCAGGUGGCCGGUGGCCGAGGCCGAGCCCGAGGACGGGCCACUGCGGCCCCCUCUUCGGGAAAUGGACUCCAUCUUCGCGGCGCCGGAGGGGGGCGAGAGAAAGGGUCAGUGGGCGCUGUGGGUCCUGGCCCCAGCCCCAGAGGAGCCGCGACCCCUGCGGCUGCAGGUAGUUCGGCCGGGCGCAGCCCCGCGGGAUCUGAGGCACUGCAGACCUCCGUAGCCUGUGAGCUAAUGUCUCAAAGGAAAUUUGAGGAAAUCAAGAAGGCCAAUCAAGCUGCAGCCAAAAAACUUGUUGAAGAACACUUUAGCUCUUCCUCUGAAGAAGAAGGAGAUGAAGAUUUUGAAGGAAAACAGGGAAAAAUAGUUGCUAAUACAUUUACAACUUACACUACUCAGACAGAUGGAGAUAUGCGUGAAUUAGAGAGAACCAAACAGUAUGUACAUGAAGCUUUCCAAGCAGGGGCCAUGACUUGCUUAAUUUGUAUUGCUUCAGUGAAGAGAAACCAAGCAGUUUGGAGCUGUUCAGGAUGUUUCUGUAUAUUUCACAUGCCCUGUAUCCAGAAGUGGGCUAAAGAUAGCCAGUUUCUAGUAUCUUCUCCUUUGACAGAUGACGAUUUUGGAAAAAGAGAUUAUCCUUGGCCAUGUCCAAAAUGUAGAUUUGAAUACAAGCGAUCUGACACACCUAGUAGGUACUACUGCUACUGUGGAAAAGUAGAAGAUCCACCUUUGGAUCCAUGGCUUGUGCCUCAUUCAUGUGGCCACAUAUGUGAGAGAGAAUUUAAACCUCCUUGUGGCCAUAAGUGUUUGCUCCUCUGUCAUCCAGGUCCCUGCCCUCCUUGUCCAAAGAUGGUCACAACUACUUGUUACUGUAAGAAGGCAAAACCGAUCCCUCGUAGGUGCAGUGCCAAAGAAUGGUCCUGUCAGCUUCCGUGUGGGCGCAAGUUGCUUUGUGGACAACAUAAAUGUGAAAGUCCUUGUCAUGCAGGAAAUUGUCCUCCCUGUCCACGAGUCAGUAGACAAAAGUGUGUCUGUGGGAAACAAGCCGCUGAAAGAAGCUGCGCCAGUCCACUGUGGCACUGUGAUCAAGUAUGUGGAAAAACACUGCCAUGUGGUCAUCAUACAUGUGAGCAAGUUUGCCAUGUUGGUGCUUGUGGACAAUGUCCUCGAUCUGGGAAAAGGUUCUGUCCAUGUCAGAAGUCAAAGUUUUCUUUGCCUUGUACAGAAGAUGUGCCAACUUGUGGAGACAGUUGUGACAAAGUACUUGAAUGUGGAAUCCAUAGAUGUUCACAGCGUUGUCACCGAGGUCCUUGUGAAACAUGUAGACAAGAAGUGGAAAAGCAGUGUCGCUGUGGAAAGCAUACAAAACGAAUGCCAUGUCAUAAACCUUAUCUGUGUGAAACUAAGUGUGUUAAGAUGCGGGACUGUCAGAAGCAUCAGUGUAGGAGAAAGUGUUGUCCUGGAAACUGUCCACCUUGUGAUCAAAACUGUGGACGGACUUUAGGAUGUAGGAACCAUAAAUGUCCAUCUGUCUGCCAUAGAGGUAGUUGUUAUCCCUGCCCGGAAACUGUAGAUGUGAAGUGCAAUUGUGGUAGUACAAAGGUGACAGUGCCCUGUGGCCGGGAACGUACCACAAGACCACCCAAGUGCAAAGAGCAGUGCAGUCGACCACCAACUUGCCAUCAUACAAGUCAAGAAAAACAUCGCUGUCACUUUGGCUCUUGUCCUCCAUGUCAUCAACCUUGCCAAAAAGUUUUGGAGAAAUGUGGUCACUUGUGUCCUGCUCCAUGUCAUGAUCAAGCAUUAAUAAAGCAAACUGGCAGGCACCAGCCUACAGGCCCUUGGGAACAGCCUUCUGAACCAGCAUUUAUUCAGACUGCAUUACCUUGUCCUCCAUGUCAAGUUCCUAUUCCUACAGAAUGUCUUGGGAAGCAUGAGGUGAGUCCACUACCAUGCCAUACUGUAGGACCCUACUCUUGUAAGAGAGUCUGUGGACGAACCUUAGAUUGUCAGAAUCAUACAUGUAUGAAAGAAUGCCACAAAGUAACUGAAAUUGAUGCCUUCAUUGGCAAAAACAAGGCUGGCCCAGAAUGCCUUCAGUGUGAAGAAGGGUGCUCUAAAUCACGGCCUCUGGGUUGUCCCCAUCCAUGUGUUUUGCCAUGUCACCCUGGCAAAUGUCCUCCUUGUGUUCAGAUGCUUAGAAUAAAAUGUCACUGCAAGAUCACAAGCCUUUAUGUGGAAUGUAGAAAAAUAACCACUGCUGAUAUAGAUGAAAAGAAUCUCCUUAGUUGUUGCAAAAAUCAGUGUCCUAAAGAGCUUCCUUGUGGUCACAGAUGCAAAGAAAUGUGUCAUCCUGGUGAAUGUCCCUUUAAUUGCAACCAGAAGGUAAAACUUAGAUGCCCUUGUAAAAGAAUAAAAAAGGAACUACAGUGUAACAAAGUACGUGAAAAUCAGAUCUCAAUAGAAUGCGACACAACAUGCAAGGAAAUGAAACGGAAAGCAUCUGAGAUAAAAGAAGCAGAAGCCAAAGCUGCUCUUGAAGAGGAAAAACGAAGACAACAGGCUGAACUGGAGGCUUUUGAAAACAGACUGAAAGGUCGUCGGAAGAAGAGCAGGAAAAGAGAUGAAGUGGCAGUGGAGCUGACGCUAUGGCAGAAAUACAAAUAUUCUCUCCUUCCCGCAUGUGCACUGGUGGUUUUAGUGUUUGCCUGGUACAUAGCCCGUGACGUGGCAUAGAAGUUGUGAUCUGUUCACAUACCUCAGACUGGAUUUAGAGAAGUCAAGUCUGGAACGUUAGGAAGUGUAUACUGUAGAACAUACAUAUUCACAUUCAUCUCUGUGUUCUCUUCCGGCUGUUGUUAGAAGGACGGAAUGCGAAGCUUUCUCCUGAUGAGCAUACCGGAAGUGGUAGCGUAACAUUGUUCACUAGUAAAAGCAUGACCGAAAUUGUGAAAUCUUUCAUAAGUCAUAGCCAGUGGCAGGGUAGCACAUCAGUUGUUCAGUGCACUUCCUCGUGUUAACACAGUUGUUUCAUUGACUAUUUCAAACCAACUUUCUUUCUUUUCUCUUUUCUUUUUC